AUGGGCAAGGGCACCGACAAACUCUACAUCACGCACUCGGAGUGGUCGUCAUCGGACGCCUACAGUGCUAGCGUUGGCUCCAAUGCGCGCUCUCGCGGUGAUGGGACAACAUACGCGAGCUUCAAGCGACUCCCCUUCAAUUUCUGCGCCGCCAGCCUCCAGCCUUUCAAGAACCCGGUCUGCACCCCUAGCGGCACCAUAUUCGACGUCGAAGUCAUCAGCGCGUGGCUGGACAAGAACAAGACCAACCCCGUCGACGGCGAGCCGCUCGCGGCCAAGGACCUGAUUCGCCUCAACUUUUCGCGCAACGCCGACACGAGCGCUGCGGGGGCCGACGACACGGACGCCAGCGGCGACUUCAUCGACCCCGUCACCUUCAAGGUGCUCACCGACAACACGCACAUCGUGGCCGUCCGCCACGGCGCCUACGCCAACGUCUUCGCGUGGGAUACCGUCGAGCGCAUGAACAUCAAGACCAAGAUGUGGCGAGACCUGCUCGACGACGCCGAGUUCACGCGCAAGGACAUCAUCACCCUGCAGGACCCGCAAAACGCAGCUAGCCGCGACCUCAGCCAGUUCCAACACCUGAAGGACGGAGGGGACGCGCUCCCCACAAAAGAGCACAAGGAACAGCGCGAGCAGGGCAACAUCAACAUCGGCGCGCUCGGUCGGAUAGGGGACAAGGUGCUCCGCGCUAAGGAGGCCGUCGAGCGCGCGCGCCAGGCCCGCGCAACCGGCACCGACGUCAAUCGCACCGCCAAGUCAGCGUCCGCAGGCACCAACACCACGCGCGCACCUUACCAAUCCGCAAUUGUUGAGAAGAAGAAACUAGCCCCCAACGCGGCGGCCUACACCACCGGCCAGGCAGCCGCGUCCUUCACCUCCACAGGCCUCACCCCCUCCACAUCAGGCGAGCGCGCAAUACUGUCCGACGAAGAAUGGAUGCUAGUCCCACGGCGCAUCAAACACAAGGGCUACGCGCGACUAGACACAAACCUCGGCCCACUAACCGUCGAGCUACACACCGACACAGCACCCAAAGCAGUCUGGAACUUCCUCCGGCUCGCAGAGAAGGGCUACUACCGCGGCGUAUCCUUCCACCGCAACAUCCGCAACUUCAUGAUCCAAGGCGGCGACCCAACCGGCACCGGCCGCGGCGGACAAAGCAUAUGGGGACGCACCUUCGCCGACGAGCUCGAGGGCCCACACGUGCACGACACCCGCGGCGUUCUAAGCAUGGCCAACAAAGGCCGCAACACCAACUCAUCGCAAUUCUUCAUCACCUACCGCCCGGCCAAGCACCUCGACCGCAAGCACACCGUCUUCGGCCGCGUGGUCACCGCCGCCGAUGGGGAUGCCUCGACCGGCCAGAAUAACACCACCACCCUCAAUCGCAUGGAAGCCGUGCCCGUGGAGGAAAACACCAACCGGCCGCUGCAGGAUAUCACGAUCCAAGACAUCGUCGUGCUGAUUGAUCCGUUUGCCGAGUUCCUCAAGGAUAAGAAAUCCAAAGAAGAUGAUGCCCAAGCGCAGGAGGAAAUCAAGCGGCGCGGCGGGACGGAGGAUGAUCGCACGACGUGGACGGGAAAGCGGUUGCGGGAUGAUCAGGGGAAUUCGCUGGGAAGGGGGGAUAGCGAUGGGGGGGUGGGGAGGUAUUUGAAGAUUGCGCAGCAGCAGGGGACGGAAGGGAAAGGGGCGUCAACGGCGUCGACGGGGCAGGGGAGGAUAGAGACGUGGGAGGAGGAGCAGGCGCCGGCGAAGAAGAGGGCUAAGACGGGGGGUGGGUUUGGUAAUUUUGAUGGUUGGUAG